CAGACCUGCUGUUUGCUGUGGAGAUCUGCUGGUGGAUCUAGUGGAAGGUGCAGGUGAUGAUGAUGAUGAUGAGAGGGAUGCGUGAUGCGCGCGGGCUGAUGACUGCCUGAAGUUCUGCCAUGCCUGUGGCCUCCACCAGGACAGAGCCUGUUCCCCAGGGGUUGGACACAAUGAGUGACAGCACCACCAGCUCCACCAUUGCCAAUGACCUGGACCUCAUCUACCUCAAAGGCAUCAUGGAAAGCCCUUUGGAACAAGAGGAGAGCCCAAAGGAGCCCCGGUUGUCACCAGUGAGGGAGAACAAUGUCGAGCUUCUGCAGGAGAUCCUCAGAGAUCUGGACCCGUUCACACAGCGCUCUGACACAGCAGCUGAGCUCGCCCACAUUCUCACACAGCCUCAUUUCCAGUCUCUUUUGGAGACUCAUGACUCAGUUGCCUCCCAGGCAUGUGAUAGCCAGCCUCCCAGCCCGUGUGAUUACGUUGAUCAUGAACAAGAAGACAGCCAGGCUACUAAUCCCACCCUGCCCUCUGAUGCUAUACGUAUGGUUGGCAUACGUAAAGUAGCCGGAGAACAUCUG